AUGUCGCAAAAUAUUUCAACCUCACCCUCUAAUAGGAACGAGAAUGACGUCGUUUUGUCGGACAACGCCAUGUUCAUAUAUCAAAACGCCAAGUCAGUCGACAAGCAAUUACAGUACAUCGAUGGCGGCAGACACGAUCUCCAUGCAUGUAGUCAGCUUAUCCGACAACACGUUAUGAAUACUCUGUACAGCUGGGUUGCUGAAAGGUCCGGCGAAUCGGCAGAGGAAGUACAUCAUCGGUUGGCUGCGGUAAGCAGUUUCCGCUUAGGAACUCCCGUAGGCCUAUCCACCUCAGCAGGCGUCAAGAGUGCCGCCUGCAACGAAACCAACGCAAACAGUGCGAGUGGUCUGGAGGAUGUGAUUGAGAGCGAUAGUGCAAGCAUUGGACAUGAAGACUUGACGCGCUCUCUCGAGAUCAAGUCAGGGUCGGAGGGCACAACGGUAGAAAGCGCUGACCACCCACGUGGACUUUUAAGCGAGACGGAAGGGGAUGGAGAUGCCCAGGCAGCCAUUGAAGGGGAUGCAGUGGACGCUGGUGUAAUGUUAUCAGGACUUGAGGAGAGAAGGGCUUUGGAAGGCGACACAGCUCCACUUCAGAAUGCUCCAGUUCUGCCAACAGACGAAAGGAGUUUGUCCGAAUCAGAUGAGGUACUCAUAGGUGAUGGUGAGAAAUCUUUGUGUGCUGGCAAUGAUGACGAGGCCUCGCCCGCAAAAAUAAGGAUGCAUAAACAGAUGAGUCAGCCUUUGAGUAAGCAGUAUCUAAACAACUGCAGCAGCGCAGCGACGGAGGGUGAUGAUAUAAUCGGCGAUUCGGGCAGAAGGCGGAGCAACAGUCGCAGACACAGUUGCGCCGACUUCUCGGACACGACUACUAUGGUGUCUAUCAACUUCGAUGUGAACGACUGGUUUAGUGAGAAUGCUGACGCCGAGGCCGCGAGGGAAAAUGGUGCGGGCAAAACAAAGAAGGCCAAUGUGCUGCGGCACGCUUCAACGCAAGGGGACGCCCAGGUGGGAACCGGACGGCGAAAACAUGCCAGUUUCGGUGUAAGGAUGUCAGAUGCAGCAAAUCUGGGCAUGAGCAAAGACGGUGUCGUUCUGGUAUUUGCAGAUGAGAGUGGAAUCCGAUACAGUCGAGACACAACUGUGGAAAAUACAGUGGCAGAAGCUCAGCAAAUAUAUAAACACAGCGACGAUGCUGAGCAUGAAUUAGCUGCUAACAGUGGUUCUGGUACGUAG